AGUGCGUGUUGCAAACCCGUCACACUUGCUCGCGGGACACUGUCAGACUCCGCCGAACUUCCCGAGGUCCCACCCGGACACUGGCACUUCGAGUUCCCCCCCCUCCACCCCGGCGGCAGCUGCGUGGGUCGGUUCAAAAGGCUGUCGUCAAUGUCGGCGUGGGUCGCCGAGUGGAUCCCGGAAGAGCUCGAAGUUCAGGUUGCCAGCUUGUUUGUAUAGUUCCGAUGGACUUGCGCUCCGUUUCCUCUAAGUUCUGACGAAGUCUGGGCUCCGACGAACCGCAGAAAAUGAAGGAGGCGAAGAAGAAGCGACUGUACGUGGUGGUGGACGUGUUGUGUCUGAUCGUGGCGGGGCUGCCGUCUCUCAUCAUGAACGUGAUCUUCAAGCCCUACCAGAGAGGCAUCUACUGUGACGAUGAGACCAUCAUGUACCCACUCAAGCCCGACACCAUCACACACGGCAUGCUGGCCGCCGUCACCAUCUCCUGCACCGUUGUCAUUAUUUCCUCUGGAGAGGCCUACCUGGUCUACAGCAAGAGGAUCUACUCCAACUCAGACUUCAACCAGUACGUCGUCGCGCUCUACAAGGUGGUGGGAACCUACUUGUUUGGAGCAGCUGUCAGUCAAUCCCUGACGGACCUGGCCAAGUUCACAAUCGGCCGCCCGAGGCCUAAUUUCAUGUCCGUGUGCGCCCCAAAAGCGUGCACGGGUUACAUGCCGGUGAUCAACUGCACGGGCCAACCUCUGGAUGUCACCGAGUCCAGGUUGUCAUUCUACUCUGGCCACUCCUCUUUUGGGAUGUACUGCAUGCUGUUCCUUGCGCUGUACGUGCAGGCGCGGCUGGUGGCUAAGUGGGCUAGGCUCCUCCGGCCCACCAUCCAGUUCUUCCUGGUGGCCUUUGCCGUGUACGUGGGCUACACCCGGGUGUCGGAUUACAAGCACCACUGGAGCGACGUGCUGACGGGGCUGCUGCAGGGAGCGCUGGUCGCCGUGCUCAACGUGCGCUAUGUGUCCACCUUCUUUAAGAAACGCCCUGCUCGCUGCAAAGAGACGGCCGACGGCGAGGAGCCGGAGAGGAAACCCAGCCUGCAGAUCGCAGACUCAGAACACGGAAAUCACUACAACUACCACCACAGUCCUGGGCCCGUGUGACCACGCAGCAGCUGCCCACAACCAGGUGCUCGGACCUGGGUGUGGAAUGUGAGCAGGAAACGGUCUGAGUGGCCUGCAACGAUGGCGUGCGAAGCUGCAACAUAUUGGAAAUGAGUUUUGAAAUUCUGGGGACCACCACGACCCCCAGCUGUUUCUCAUCAACAGGACUGACUGAAUUUAAGACUUGUACAGCCAAACACGAGGAUGACCUUCUCUUCUGCACCACAUGACAUGGAGAGUCUUUGUUUUAGACAUCAGUUUCGAUGUUUCAGUGUAAGACACCAGGUCCAACACAAGACACAUUUCACUGUUUCUUCUUGGCCAUAAAAUACCUGGGUGUGAAAGUGACGGCUCUCUAAUAGGCUUUUUUAGUUAAAUACGAGUGAGCGUUAGAGGUGAUUUCAGACCUAAUGAAGUGUGUGAAACAGGAUGGAUAGUUUGUCAAACCUGUUUCAUCGCCGUCGUCUAUUGAAAUAGCCGAGGAGCACAAAUGAAGCCAACUGAACCAACAGGCCCAGCAAGAGCUAAUCCUGAAAUUAUAUGACAAUGUGAGAGGUGACUUUUGGAGAAUGAUAGGUUUGGCUCCUGACUGUUGUCAUGGGUGACCUUUACUGCUCGUGCUGUACAUCAGCAUCAGAUAGAGAUGAGAUCAUCAGUCGCUGGAUUGAGUGUCAUUUUUCGAAUGGUCACUUUAAUCUGUUGCAUGAAAUGCUCAUCAUUCUGAGAGACAUGUGCAAAGAAUUAGCCAUAACAUGUUACAACACUCAAAACGGUCAUGUUCUCACCGAGCGUACUUAUUUAAACUACUUAAAUCAGCUAUGUUUCGUUUUGAAUCAGUAGCAAAAUACUGAAACUGCAAUUGAAACUUCAUUCAAAAUACUGACCUCAAUUCGGCUGAAAGCCAGUCAUGGUUGAAACUUUCAAAAGAUCCAAAUAUUGUUGUCGUUUUCGUGUUGGAAGAGUCAGACCACUACUACAUUGGCGGUAAGAAAACAUCUUUUACAACUGUAAAUCAAACCUGAAGACGAAGUUUAAUUUAUUCUCAAUGAUUUUUGUUUAUUGACUUCUAUAAGCGCUGUUUUGUUUUGGUGCAAUCACGCCUGCUUGCCACUAUGAGCCACAAACACUGUGUUUGUCUGUUAUGAUUGUGUCUUUAGAACGUAUAUGCCUGCUUUCAGGUUUUGUUUCUCACAGUAGUUUAGUCCUCAAAUUCUGCUGGUUUACUCCAUUAACUGGUUGAAGGCAAACGUGAGUAGAUUUCAAGAUGAUGGUGAUGCUGUAGGGUUGUUAGUGAAGUCACCAAGCCCACUGCAGAAGAAAGCGCCUUCUCUGUUCUUGUGUUGACCUGGAUCGGCUUUACAGUUGUAAAUGCGGUCUGUCUGUGAUCUCCCUCCCUUAUCAGACUGGACAGAAGAGGAGCCGGGGGCGGCGGCGUGACCCCUCACCUGGUAAUGAUUGUGAGUCGAGGUGCUUGGAGGGGUGCGGUAUCGCUGGUUUUAAACACAUUUACAGCAAGAAACAGCUGGAACUGGUUGUGGUUAAUUGCGACGAGCCCCUUCUUCACCCCCCCCUUCGCCUCACCUCCGCCUCCCCUGCUUCUUGCAUCUAUUUCAUCCGAGCAUAACUGCGGCCUGAGCGAGCAGGAGGAGGAGGAGGAGAAGGAUGAAGGGUCAUUAUGAUGGAAGUUCUCAGCUGGUAUUGUGGCUCCAUGUGCUCUUCAUUUACUGGGUGUGUGCCGAAAAUCAGAUACAGCUGGUGUGUGUCGACGUGCCGCCGUGGUUUUGGUCGUGUUUGCUUAUGCGUGUAGAUGAAAUCUGGAUUUUGACCCAGAGGAUUUCAAUAAAGCUUUUUCAUCUAUGUAUUAAAUCUGUG